AAUCUGUUUUACGUGAAAAUAAAUGAGAACACAUUGUGUUUCGGGCUUAGGGAGUUUUCAAUAGUGACUGGAUGAAGGUGUAUUGGUGAUGUUAAACAUGAGGACUGUUAUGGUGGUUCCAAUAGGCUUAAGGAAGUUUUCUUUCUAGGUCGUGAUAGGGUAUCAAAGGAUGACCUUAUUUUAUGUUUCGAACAAAAGGAAUGGCAAUCUGAUGGAGAUGCAGUAAAGAUUGCUCUGCUUUAUUUCUUAUACACAUUCCUUUUCUCCACUAUGAACUCUAGAUCAUUUGAAAGUAAUCGAGAUUUUAAUUUGAUUGAGAGUGGAGAAUUUGAGUUUUUUCCAUGGGGUAAGGUGGUGUUCACAUCAUUAAUAGAUUCUGUCAGAGAUAAGCUAAAGAAAGUCAACAAGUUUUAUAGGUUUGGUGGCUUACCACUAGCGUUGCAAAUUUGGGUCGAUGAGUGUUUUUCAAAUGUCCGUGAGGAGAUCGUCAUUCGUGUUUCAAACAGGGUUCCUAGGAUAUUAAACUGGCAAGUCAUCAAAGAGAAGCCAGGCUUCUCAAAGUUGUGCAAAGCCAUGUUCAAUAACAAGAUUAUUUAUUCAAAUAUAUCCGCAACGAAGGAAGAACUUGGUAUUCUACCUUUGCUAGAGAAUGAAGAAUAUGAUCUUCGAGAUUGUCGUCCAUUCCACGAUUCUCCUGAAUUUCAUGUGGGUGAUGAUGACUUCGAGAUUCCACCUUCGAAGAAGAUGAAGCAGCAACAUCAACAAGCAGCUACAAAGAUGAUAAGUUCAAUUAGUGACAUUUAAGUUUCAGCCGAGAAAGUUAUGAUGUCUGAUUUAAAUAAUGUAAGUUCAGCUUAGAGUUGACUUAAGGUAACAAGCUGUUAGUUGUUUUUAACGGUUAUACUCUUAUAACAUUCUUUAUUUUUAGCUUAGGGAAGAAUUUUUCUCUUUUAAGCAUGAUGUGAAAGAGUCAUUGGCCAAAUUUUCACAUGGUGUUUUAAGCAUGCCACCUCCAACGAGUAGCAACAACCAGUAACAACGCACUUCCAAAGUUACUUAUCGCUUUUUUGAUCAAAACCUUCAUGA